GUAAACAAAGCUGCUACUGGUUGCAGCGUCGUCAAUUGCCGUCGAGACCCCUCUUUUCACCAGCAUCACCAACAAUCUCCCCGACAUUGCCAUCUGUCCCAUAUCGUGGUGAUCGACUUAGUAGAGCUUGAUCGCCCGAUGCAUACACGAUAAAAAAUCCCCAACCAGCUAGCUCUCACCCCAGCUUCACCAUGGUCACCGCAACAGGGCGCUUCCAGCCCAACCAGGAAUUCUCCCUCCCCGACGGCCGUAAAGUCCUCGUUGCCUCGGCCGAUAGCGUCGCCCCGCUGCGCAGACAAUACUCCAACAUUGACAACGCUCCCGAGCUCGUCGUCCGCGGCUCCUCUGAGCACAGAGCCUUCCUCCAGGAAGCCCACCAGCAUCACGAAGGCCGCCGCGCCGAGCUCAAGGAGCGUCAUGGCGACGUCUACCACGAGUGGGAGGACGUGCACAACCAGCUCAAUUCCGUCUCGAUGCAGCUUGCGCAGCUCUCGCGCACAAACUCGGGUCUGCAUCACAACUACGGCAAGUUCGGCUACGACGAGGGCGUCAAGACGUACGAUGAUGAAGAGGCGAAUCAACUGGAGGACGGCGCUGGCGGCGAACAUAGCGGGCCAAAGUGCGAGAGCGAGAAGCAGGAAUUCACAAUCAAGUUGGCAAAGAUCCCUACCGUCAAGCAGUGGUUCCACCGCGGAACGCUGUGGCGCGCGUCUGAACAGACGGAAAUCAUGGCUAUUGAGCUGUUUUUCGACUUGGUUUACGUUGGUAUCAUUCACAGCAAUGGCGAACACAUGUCUGAAGUGCCCACUGGCGCCGAGCUACUCCGAUUUGCCGUCACAUUCAUCAUGUCCUGGAAGAUCUGGACCGACAUCACCAUGGCCGUCAGCUGGUUUGAGACGGACGAUAUUCUGACCCGCCUCGAAAUUCUCUUUGAAAUCGCCUGCUUGCUAGGAUUCACUACCAACAUGACCAACUGCUUCAACGACGAACAUGAACACAACACCUACGUACCUCUCGUAUCCUUUUACCUCGCCGCCCGCCUCCUCUUCGCAGUCUACUACGUCGUCGUGGCUACAGCGGUCCCCAUGAUCCGCGGCGCCAUGAUCUCCUCAGCCAUCCCCAUCAUCAUCGGCACCGCGCUCUGGAUCGGCAGCAUUUACGUCGAAAUGCCAGACCGUCUGGGUCUCAUCUGGCCGGCCCUCAUCAUCGACAUGUACGGCUCCGGUGUGUUUGUCGGCUUGUUCCGAUACGCCCGCUCUGUCGGCGACCGCACCGCCAUUGGCAAAUACUUCAGCAGCUGGUUUGAAUUCUUCCCCGCCAUGAACAUUGAGCACAAGGUCGAGCGCAUGAAUGCCUUUGUUUCCCUCGUCUUUGGCUACUCCGUCGUCGCCAUCUUGUUCCAGAGCAACGGCGGCUACAACAUCAACGCAUUCCUAGGCAAGGCUGUCCUGGGCCUCGUGCAGGCCUUCCUGUUCAACUGGCUUUACUUUGACGUCGACGCAAGCACUAUCAAGGCACAUGCUAUCCGACAUUCUGCCAACGGAGCUAUCCUCUGGCAAUUCGCCCAUCUUCCUUUCAUCAUGGCCUACAUUGUCGCCACAUCCGGACUCGCGACGCUCGUUUUGGUUACUGAUGGCCCAGGUACGGAGAUUGAACAGCUUGCUGAAGCCGAUCGCCCCCGCUCUGAGGAGCACUUCUCGGCAGGUGUGCGCUAUUUCUACUGCCACGGCCUCGCGAUUGCUCUGCUGGCCAUGGGCCUGAUUUCGCUGAGCCACGCUCACCAUACGCCGCCUCGCAUGCGCAUUGCCAAAAAGUACCGCCUGGCCAACCGUGUUGCCGUCUGUCUCAUCAUGUUCUUCUUGCCGCUUGCCCAGAAGCUGCACAGUGUCGAACUCAUCUCCAUCACGCUUGGCCUUGUGGCUUGGAUUCUUAUUGUUGAGCUCUGGGGCAAGUCAUGUAAGGGUGAUUCGUUCUUUGACACGGGACGCAACUCGGCGCAGAGCAGGGCCAUGACGAAUGCUAAGAAGGGCAAGAAUUCAGCCACGCUCGAGGAUAACCCUAAUCCCGGCCAGGCAACGCCCAUGGAGAUGCCGAUGGACCAAACAGAUACCGUUGGUUUCUAAAACAAGGAAUCCCAUUUUGGGGAUGUUGGCUGUGGGGUAAAAGAGUUCAUAUCUUGUAUAUAACCAUACUACCAACGAUGUAAUUUGACAAAUAACUAGUUGUAUAAUAUGUCACUGUUCAGUU